AAGCGGCGGGUGGGCCGCCAGGCGUCGCGCGGGAGCCGCGGUUGCCUGGGAGACGGAGUGGAGCCGGUGGGCGGCGCAGAGCCGAGCGGUGCGGAGCCGGGCCACUGCUGGAGUAGCUGGGCUGGAGUCGCGAGGGGGUGUGGCUCCCCGGACAGCGCGGGAGACCGGCGGGUACUGGGGCAGCGAAAGGUGGCCGUGGCGCUGUGGAGCGAGGGCAGCGAGCACAGCGAGUAGGUCGUGCGCCUGGUCGGAACUCAACCUCCUCCGCGCAUCGUGGCGGCGCGGGAGCUGCACUGAGUAGUCUGCGCGUCCCACGGUCUCUGCCUCGCAGGGGUGACUUCGGUCGGGCGGCCAGUCAGGGAGAACUCGGCUUCCUCGGGAACCCGGCCUGCGGCCCCGCUACCGCGAAGAGGAGCCGGGUGGGCGGCGGGCGCGCGCCCUGCGGCACCGGCAUGACUUUUCUGGGCUCUCCUCUGGCGCCCUUGCUGCUCCUCUCUCUGCACGUUCUUAAUGUUUCCUGCGUUUAACCAGUGGUCCUUUGUGGCUAUGAAAUAAGUGACAGGUGAGCAAACGUAAGCCAGUUUAAAAUCGUAGGAUGGUCAGCGUCAGCACCUGCUGCCUGUGGUCGGUUGCCUGAGCAGGAGACCAACUGACCGGCCAGCUCACAAGCCGAGUGUGCUCCUGGAUUUGUGUGCAGAGGCGCUCAAAAUAUCCUGUUUGAAAAGGUGUCGCAGCCUCCCUGGACGUCUCAGGGAGCCCUGGGAGUGUCCAGGUGGCCCGAGGUCAGACAGCAGUCCUGCCCUGCACUUUCACCACCAAUGCUGCCCUCAUUAACCUCAAUGUCAUUUGGAUGGUCAUUCCUCUUGCCAAUGCCAACCAGCCUGAGCAGGUCAUUCUGUACCAGGGUGGACAGAUGUUUGACGGCGCCGCCCAGUUCCACGGCAGGGUAGGGUUCGCGGGCACCAUGCCAGCCACCAAUGCCUCUAUCUUCAUUAACAACACGCAGCUGUCAGAUACGGGCACCUAUCAGUGUUUGGUUAACAACCUUCCAGACAGGGGGGGCAGGAACAUCGGGGUCACCGGUCUCACAGUUCUGGUUCCCCCUUCGACCCCUCACUGCCAAAUCCAAGGAUCCCAGGACAUCGGCAGUGAUGUCAUCCUGCUCUGUAGCUCAGAGGAAGGCAUUCCUCGGCCAACUUACCUUUGGGAGAAGUUAGACAACACCCUCAAACUACCUCCAACAGCCACUCAGGACCAGGUCCAAGGCACAGUCACCAUCCGGAACAUCAGUGCUCUGUCUUCAGGUUUGUACCAGUGUGUGGCUUCAAACGCCAUUGGAACCAGCACCUGUCUAUUGGACCUCCAGGUUACUUCCCCCCAGCCCAGGAACACUGGACUAAUAGCUGGAGCCAUUGGCGCUGGUGCAGUUAUUACCAUUUUUUGCAUUGCACUAAUUUUAGGGGCAUUCUUUUACUGGAGAAGCAAAAAUAAAGAGGAGGAGGAAGAAGAAAUUCCUAAUGAAAUAAGAGAGGAUGACCUUCCACCUAAAUGUUCUUCUGCCAAAGCAUUUCACACCGAGAUGUCCUCCUCAGAGAACAACACAUUGACCUCCUCCAAUACCUUCAACAGUCGGUACUGGAGCAACAAUCCGAAAGUGCACAGAAACACAGAGUCAUUCAACCACUUCAGUGACUUGCACCAGUCCUUCUCCCUGCACUCAGGCAGUGCCCACAUACCAUCCAUCUAUGCUAAUGGGAGCCAUCUGGUCCCAGCUCCACAUAAGACUCUGGUAGUGACAGCCAACAGAGGAUCGUCACCACAGGUCACGUCCAGGAACAAUGGCUCAGUCAGGAAGCCUCGGCCUCAGCACACACAUUCUUGCACCGUCAGCCGAGCGACCCUGGAGCGAAUUGGCGCCGUCCCUGUCAUGGUGCCAGCCCAGAGUCGGGCCGGGUCUCUCGUAUAGGACAAGAGCCAAUAGAGCUUUCAGAAAAGAACCAGUGAAAUGCUCCGCACAAGAGGCUGGGUGUUGUGGGUAAGUGCUGGGACAGAAACUCUUUCCUUACCAUGAUUCCAGUAAAAAAGCACAAGAAAGCAAAUGCGUUACCCGGCCACUAAGAUUUGUGACAUGAACCAGACUGCUCUGUCAUGAAGACUUGUUUCCCCACUACAGAUGUCCCAGGGUUCUACUCAGAAAGCUGGAUCUCAAAGAUGUGCCAAGCCAAGGAAGAAGAUAGGAGAGCAGAAUAGCACGAAAAAUCUAAAUGGCAUCCAGGCGGGUUUGUUCUUUAGUUCACGCCUAAUGUAUUAGUUUUUCAAGAGACUAAAGUGCCAGAUGGAGUUUAAAUAAUGAAAUUAUUCUAAAAGAUAGGCGUCUUUAGAAACAAUAAUGAACAUCCUGGGAUACCUCCCAGCUCUCCCCGUCCCCUCUCUACGUGGAGGGCGAAUGGCGUGAAUGGUUCCCAUCUUUCCCAGCAGGGCUGCUCUUGUGUCACAGAAUCAAAGCUUUUUACACAAGCAAAAGUUACUAAGAAAUGGGAGAAAAUGAAAGAAACUUCUUUGACAAGCCCAUUUAUAUUUAUUUAUUGUUCGAACCACAAAUUUCAUAUCUGGAAUAUUGCUCUGUUGACAGAUUCUUGCCUGUCCAUGUUUUUUCUAGGGCUUGCCAUUGGUCCAUGACAGUUACUGUUCAUUGCUUCCUGGGAAAGUUUUUUUUUAAACUAUUGGUUUUUAAAAGGAAUACAUGAGGGGCAUUGGACUAGGGAAAGAGAAGACUGUUAUUACCACCACAUUCAGCGAGUAUUCUUUGGGCCCACAGAGGUCCAUCAGGAAAGAGGCAGGGGUGGGGGCGGCACAGGAGGGAAGGUGGGCAGGUCCCAGGACCCGGAGGUUUCCUGGCAGCCUCUUGGGCCAGCAUCCAGGUCUCCCUGUCAUCACACGGGGUCACUCUUAAUGAGGGCAGUACCCGAUGCCUUUUGUCCGGAGGUAGAUAAUUUUCUCCUUGUUUGACAAGUAGGGGUUAUCUUAGUAGGUUGUUACAGGGCAGGAGAUGUUUUCUUUUUUUUUAAAUAACUAUUUUUGCAAAAGAUGGUACUGAGACAAAAAGGCUGUGUUUCAGGUAUGCUGCUUGGAGGGUCUGCCCUGUAUUUUUCAGAGCUCAGGGUUGCAAUUGUGUCCAAAUGCAUUUUACACCCCUACAAAGAGACUCCUUUUGUGAUUAACUACAGGGUGUGGCUGGCUGUGGAGUUCAGCAGAUAAGGUACAAACUCCCCACUGUAUUUUGUGCUGUGUAGGGCUGGCCAUACUUGGAUUGGUGACUAUCUUGCCUUAAUCACACUUUAAGCAACACACAAAUGCUGUCUUCCCAGACUUAAAAAAGUUCAUGAUACUGACCCCAGGAUUCCCUAAGAGCGUCUUCUUUUCCCGAGGUUGUUGCUCACUCCCUCUCCCCACUGGGUCUUUUGCCCUCUUUUCUUGCAAGCAUUGCCACCACAGGGAGUGGCCUUCUGAUUUUUAGACUUAUUUGAUUAAAUGGAAACCAGCAGCUGCUGCAUACAAUGUCUCCAAGAGGGCUAAGCUCGGAACCUAACCAUUCCGAUAUUGAUGAAAAGCUAAAUUUACUUCGGCAUUACUUAUUUUUUUAUUUGAUGGUUCUCGACUUUGUAAAAAUUUAAAUGUGAAUGUCUAUCCUUUUUAAUAAAGUGAAAAUACCAUGACCCAGAGAAGAUGAUAAUGUCAGAUAUUGUUUAGAAAGCAUUUAUCUUGCAUUUCUUUAUUCUUUCUAAUUAUCUAAAAUUUAAUAAAAGUUUAUUCAUAUAAAAACAAGUUGUCGUAAUUAUCAUAAUACUAACAAAUAGAUGAUUUUGUGUUUCUCUUAAUCUUAUAAGCACUUUCCAAUGUGUUAAAUAGUAUUCAUAAUCAUUUUAAUGAACAUGUAAUAUGAGGUUUGUCCAGAAGGUAUCCAGCCAUGCAAUAUGAAAAAUAAGAGACAUUUAUUGAAGAAGAUACAAGACACAUUGUACACAGGACAAUGAGGCCUCAGUCCCCUUCAAAGUAGGCACCUUGGGACCUCACACAGUUCUCCCAGUUGCUGUCAGCUGUCCCUUUGUAUUUUCCUGAAUCUCACUGAUGGUGUGAAAUCUCUUCCCUUUCCAAGGUGAUUUGAUUUUUGGGAAGAGACAGAAGCCACAGGGCACCAAAUCAGGGCUGUAGGGGGAGCGUUGAGUCACCUGAGUGAUUUGAUGUUUCACAAAAAAGUGUGCAUGAGAUGUGAUACGUGAGCAGGUGCAUUGUCCUGAGGAAGCUGUCAGUCAGCACUUGCCCACAGCUGCGGCCUUCUGUCAUCCAAAUAGUUUCCACGGAGGAAUGUUCAAGCUUAAUGCAAAGUUUGAUGCAGAUUCGUUGCUCUACUCCCUUAGUCACUUUAGAUGCAACAGUCACACAGUACACAUGCUCACUCAAUGGCAUCUACCACCCCCACUGACUAGUACUGUGAAGUCAUCAUUGUUCACACAUGUGCGUCCCAGUCCACUCUCCUUGGCUGCCAGGUUACAUCAAUGUCAUGCAAACCAUUCUCAUUAUAGUAACAAUGGCUGGACUUUUUCCAGACUGACCAAAAAUUACUUAACUUUUGUUGUUAGAAAUUUAAGUUGGAUCCAAUUCUCACAUGUAUGAUUGCAGGUGUAAUGACCUUUUCUACAGACUGAGCUAUUUUUACAUUUCAUAUUUCCUGCUUUUUAAGCCCUGAAUCUCUGUCACCUAAACCAGUGCCUGAUGAGAUUGUUGAGUAGUGAAUGACUGAUGAUUUUAGAACUGAAAUUGCCAAGUGUUAUUUCAGAAACUUAGGAUCAUGAUCAUAACUCUUGCCAUAUGGAAGUGUGGGCAAAAGGUUCACAG